AUGGGAGACAUUGUUAGCAGUGAGUUACGAGAAUUAGCUCCGCGAUAUGAGAACACGCAUACGCGGUGGAAAAAUCACCCAGCAUCAGCAUCGUCAGUGUUGCUGGUGCACUUGGGCGCGGUGGGCGCGCUGGCGAGUGGAGCGGCCUUGUGCGGCGGCGGCGGCGCGUGCGCCUGCAGCGCGCUGCUACACGCCCUGCACCCGCUGCAGCUGUGGACCGUCUGCGGACUCCACGCUGACCGCGCUGCUGCCAUCGCUGCGCCUCUCCACUAUGCUGCGAUUGUCUCCGCUAAAAAAGUGAUGAUUUGCGUAGCAAGUGGUUGGGUGGCGACAGCAGCACUACUGGCUCCACUGGCAGCUGCCCAGCCGCCGCUAGCGUACAGCGCUGGUCUCGGCGGUUGUGCCCCUGACUGCAGCGCCGGUCCUGCUGCGCUCAGUUUCUGUCUCGUGUACGCACUGCUCACAUUACUGCUACCCGCAGCACUGGUGCUAUUGUGCAGCCUUAAGAUACUACGGAUCGCACGAUACCACCGCCACAGGAUUGCGGCUGCCAUAUAUGAAGUAACCUUAUCGGCCCAAGUAACAGUUACACAUCAGAGAAAUCCCUUCUCCCCACCACCGCCACCUCGUCGACGAGCUCUCUCGGCAGUAUUGCAGCCGCUAGGGUCAUUGGCCAUUUUGUAUUUUCCUUACUACUGCGUCUUGAUAUGGCCAGCUAUAGCAGUGCCACCGCAAUCAGUAGCCGCGCUAGCAGCAGCUCUGCUGGCGGCCGCACCACCAGUCAACGGUAUUCUUUAUGGUGUUCGGAGUCGAGCCCUUCGAGACUCACUGAGGAAUUAUAGGAGAAAAAGAAUGACCAAAAGCGAGGUAACACAGGAAAUACAGGCACGAACGCCCAGUGCCUGCGGGUCACGGCGACCCUCUUUGUCGGCAGGAUCUGGGUGUAUCCGACCUCCAACAACCAGGAGGUUAUCUGACGCCGCAGCAAUGGGCUCUCGGGGAUCAGAACGUCCUGCUCAGCGGGCAGCGUCCUGCAACAUGCUGCAGGACUCACAAGAAGAGGAGGCACCGCGGCCGCGAACAUCAGCCAUUCCAAUAAUCCGAGCGCCACCACACGUGGUUCUGGGUCGCGCGUUAGGUCUAGAGGAGAUGGGCGGGCGUGACCGGCGGCGGCGGCAGUCGCCCCGCAUCACGGUGACGCGGGCCAUGUCGGACGAGAGCGAGUCCCCGACGCGGCGGCCGCUGUGCCGGCAGCAGUCGCGCUCGAGCGGCGCGCUGCUGGGCGGCGUGCCCUACUCGCCCGCCAUCUCCGAGCACGUGCACCUGGACAGCCACGCCGACGAGCAGCUGCUGCUCACCUGGCCGCAGGGCAACGGCCACGAGAAACACGACGCUUUAUAAAACGGGUAUUAAGCUUAGAGUAGUCGCUGAUGUAUGUGCGUGUAAAAAGACAAUAACUAAGUGUGCGAAACGAAGUCGAGGCAGCUUCGAUGUUUUGAGAUGUUAUUUUUGAUUGCUUCGUCCACCCGUCUCUACUCGACCUCCCCGGACGGUGACCAACUAAGAAGUUUCCUAUUACUAUUUACAACUGUAUCGUAGGCGUUACGAUUUCUCCUACAGGGUUCCUCCAUAUCGUUAGCUUUACCUACUGAAGUAUUACUUUAGUGUAUCGUAAAGAUAAUUUCCGAAAUAUUCCAUAGGUUUAGAGUGAUACGAGAUUUUGUUGUCUUAUUUUUUAUAACUGUUUACUUUAAUUAUUUAAUUUAUGAAGCUUUUAAGUAACAUUUAGUGUAAACAAUACCAAUCGUUACAAAGGUAACGCAAACGAAGCCAAAUAUAUUUUGAUAGUCUUCUUAACUCUCAAUAUAAUUGAUUGCAGUCCGAUUGGCCACGUGUUAUGGAUUUAUUACCCGGCAGUUAUAGUUUGUAUAGUAUUUAUCGAUGAACCGAGUUCAUUGGUGCGUUUCUGCCGGCAUAAAGUAGAUUUAGGUCACAUGAUGUCACAAUAUAAUAAUAAAACAUUGAAAUUAUAUUUAUAUAAAUAAUAAAUAACGAUAUUAUAGUUGUUAGGGAUGGAUUUAUAUAUAAUGGGCAAAGCUUGAAGGUUGAUACCGUAGAUGUGUUGUUUAUAUAACUUGAGUUUCGAAGACGGCGUGUGCUUGAGCUGUAUAACAAUAUGUAGAGUACAUGUCGUUUGCUGAUCCUCUCGGGCCUAAGAACAUGGUCUAUAUAAGUUGUUUGUGCACAUAAGUUUGUUAUGUAAUAGAUAGUUUACAAACGCAACGCUUGUACGCAUCGCUGCCGUCCAAGUUGGGAACCCCUGUGACUUGUAUAGCGCAAAACGCUUACGGUAGAUCUCACCAAACUUAAAUUGACUUUGAGAUUUAUUAACAACAUAAAUAAUUAACUAAAAAUACGCUUAGGUUCAAACUUCACAAAGUCUGACUAUAAAGCAUUCUCUAUUCAGAUAGGAUCACGUCGUUGAACCAAAAAGAAAACAAUAAACUUUCUUAAAAAGUAUUUAAUGUUACAACUGAAAUCAUAUCGCAAUCAUAUCGCAAUUUAAGUUUAGUGGAAUCUAACCAUACUUUUUCUCAGAAAUUUGAUUUCCCCGAAAUCAUUAUUAAAUAUUUAUGACGAUAUUCAAUAUUAUUUUAUCCAAUUUCCCUGUAACCCUCAAGGGAUGUGAAGAAAAAGAUUAUAUUUCAAAAUAAGUACCUACUCAUUUCGCCGUGCGUGUAUUUUUUCAUAUUAAAGCUUACGUGUUCACAAGCUAUAGCAUUACAAAGCGUUUUAACCAUAUUAUAUUCUUUUAGAAAGAGAUAAUGCUAUCUGACUGAAUAUCACAAUCCUUUUCUUUUAAUACAAUUAUAAUUUCAUGACACUGACAAUGUCAUAAUGCUCGCCCGAUCUGAGAAGUUAUUUUCGCAUUUCUACUGCAAUUGUAUUCUUUGAUAAACUAUUCUUUACCAUGUCUACAUAACCUACUUCGUUAUAUAAUACUCGUAUAUUUAAUAAAAUCUGUAUUUAUUUUAACGAUACACACGCUAGUCUGUAAAACGCUUAAUAAACUUUGAGGCCAAUUAAAAUUUUCGAAGUGUUAUUAAAACUAAGAAAUAAUAAGUAUUUUUGAAAUGUUAUUAGCACUGUUAAAUUUACCCAUAGGAAGGAUUAAAUCGUCUAUAUUACAACUUGUUAUGUGUAUUCUAUAGCGAUGAUGUUCUUAAAGAACUUCAAAGGUAUUGCCUAUUUCAAAUAAUUUAAAUCUUUUUGUUCAAGGGCGACACAGAUGUUUACAAAACCCUUGUUAAACGCAGCGUCGCCGGGGUUUUUGAUAAAUUACAGUCGAUACAUUAAUGACAACACGAAGUCACGUGAUUUGUCGAAAGGAAUUGUCAUUCUCAUACAUUUCACAGUUUUUUAUUCGUUCGCAUUUAAGAAUCAACUUAAACGAUGAUACUCAAAUUUGCAUAAGUCACGCGCGCGUCUUCUCUAGACGUAACUAAGCGUAGUAUAUUGCUCCAUCUCAUAUUUGCAUUGGAAAUGACUUUGUUUUUAAAAGAACUGUACCGCGGGCCUACCCCUUUUAGAAAUAUAAUCGUAGUUGAGAAAGAAAGAAGGCGAUGCAAAAAUUGAACUACAAUAGCUUCAGCUUAGCUUCAGUUGGCGGUGCAGGUCUUUUUUAGUUGGUUCACGAAUACACGCAAAACAUCUGUGCUACCCUUUUCUGUGAAAAAAAUAUACCUGUCUCAGCAUCAUAACUAUUAAUUUUCAGAGAAUUUCUAUUUUUCUUUAAAAACCAAAGAACCCUAUUUUAUAAUGCUUGUUAAAAAACAAUGUUUCAUUGAACCUCAUGAAUUUAAAAUGUAGAAACAGUAUGAUAAAAUUGCUUGUAUAUUGUGAAACAUAUUUUUUGAUUCGCAGAAACCCCUAAGUUACGUAUUUACUUAGAAAACGACAACAUAUUGUCUUUGCAAUGUUUUCCUAGGAACGUGAUGUAGUUCAUUAUGUGUAGUUAGACAUAGAUUUAUUUAUAAACAAAGAUUUAAAUGUCGUUGUUCGAUGAUAAAUGUUUAAAUAAAGUAAUUACGAAUUGUUAUUCUAGUCAAUGAGCUGUUGUUUUAUGUCUGUGUUAAUUUAAAUUAUGUAUUAGAGAUUAAUUAAAUGACACAUGUAAGAGA